AUGGCUGGAAGAGGUGGAAGAAACGACGACGCAAGUGCUAAGGUUUUAGGUAUGAUUGUUGGUGUGUUGGGAGGAAAUCCCAACGGAGCAAGAAUUGGUGCUAACAGACAACUGGGAGAUUCUCAGAGGAACAAUCCUCCAUUGUUCAAAGGCACUCAUGAUCCUAAAGGUUCUCAAAAGUGGCUGAAGGAAAUCGAGAGGAUCUUUCAGGUGAUCGAUUGCGCUGUGAAUCUGAAGGUGAGAGAAUUUCUGAGGAGAUACUUUCCUGAAGAUGUUCGGGGAAGAAAGGAGAUUGAGUUUUUGGAGCUGAAGCAAGGUAAUAUGACAGUACCGGAGUAUGCUUCUAAAUUUGUGGAAUUGGCUAUGUACUACACCCACUACAACAGUGAUGAGGCUAGUGAGUUCUCGAAGUGCAUCAAAUUUGAGAAUGACCUUCGUGAUGAGAUCAAGCAAGGUAUUAGAUAUUAG